AUGUGGAGCUGCCGUCUCAGCAGCGUCGUCUUAGACACCUUCGGAACAUCGCUGCCCGGAACAUUGUUAACAGAAAUGGCCAUCAACUCCUUGAUACCUACUUCACACUUCACUUGUGUAAUUCUGAAAAGAUAUAUAAAGAAUCCAACGUGGCGGAGUCUUGAUUUUGGAUUAAUGCCCGAUCGCCUUGAUACCUCUGUGUCCUGUUUUGUGGUGAAGAUAUGGGGUGGGAAGGAGGCCUCCUACCAGCUGCUGAUCGAGUGGAAAGUCUGCCUGGACGGGCUGAAGUACUUGGGUCAGCAGAUUCAUGCUCGCAACCAAAAUGAAAUAAUAUUUGGGCUGAAUGAUGGCUACUAUGGUGCUCCAUAUGAACAUAAGGGUUAUUCAAAUGCUCAGAAGAAUAUUCUUCUUCAGGUGGAUCAGAACUGUGUUCGCAAUUCUUACGAUGUCUUCUCUUUGCUGCGGCUUCAUAGAGCCCAGUGUGCAAUUAAACAGACUCAGGUAACUGUUCAGAAAAUUGGAAAAGAAAUUGAAGAAAAAUUAAGACUCACAUCUACAAGCAAUGACCUGAAAAAAGAAAGUGAAUGUCUGCAAUUAAAUAUUUUGGUGCUUCGAAAUGAACUGGAAAGACAAAAGAAAGCUUUGGGACAGGAGAUGGCAAUACUGCAUAAGCAACAAAUUGCAUUACAGGACAAAGGCAGUACAUUUUCAACUGAGCACCUCAAGCUUCAACUCCAGAAGGAAUCCCUAAAUGAGUUGAGGAAAGAGUGUACUGCAAAAAGAGAACUUUUUCUGAAGACUAAUGCUCAGUUGACUAUUCGUUGCAGGCAGUUAUUAUCUGAGCUUUCCUACAUUUACCCAAUUGAUUUGAAUGAGCAUAAGGAUUAUUUUGUAUGUGGUGUCAAAUUGCCCAAUUCUGAGGACUUCCAAGCAAAAGAUGAUGGAAGCAUUGCUGUUGCCCUUGGUUACACUGCACAUUUGGUCUCCAUGAUUUCCUUUUUCCUGCAAGUGCCCCUCAGAUAUCCUAUAAUUCAUAAGGGAUCUAGAUCAACAAUCAAAGAUAAUAUCAACGACAAGCUGACAGAAAAGGAGAGAGAGUUCCCAUUAUACCCCAAAGGCGGGGAGAAAUUGCAAUUUGAUUAUGGUGUCUAUCUUCUGAACAAAAAUAUAGCACAGCUAAGAUAUCAACAUGGACUUGGGACUCCAGACUUGAGGCAAACCCUUCCCAACCUGAAAAACUUCAUGGAACAUGGACUACUGGUCAGGUGCGACAGACAUCACACCUCCAGUGCCAUUCCUGUUCCAAAGAGGCAAAGCUCCAUAUUUGGGGGUGCAGACGUAGGCUUCUCCGGGGACAUUCCUUCGCCAGACAAAGGACACCGAAAACGGGCCAGCUCAGAGAACGAGAGACUCCACUACAAAACCCCUCCUCCCAGCUACAACUCCGCAGUCGCCCAGCCUGGGCCCACCGUCCUCUCCCUGGGAGAGCCCGAGAGAAAGACAACAUCCCUGUCCUCCUCCUUGGAUACCUCCUUGGACUUCUCCAAAGAAAACCAGAAAAAGGGAGUCGAUCUGGGCACCAGCUUAAGUGCAGGCCCCGAGAGUGUGAGCACUGGCCGGGAACCAGGAGAAGCCCUCCCCGGGCCUCCAGCCACGGUGAACAGCUCCCUCCUGCCCGGCGAGCAGGCGGGCCCCGCCAGCGCCCAGCGGCCCGGCGAGCUUCCCCCGGGCUCCGAAGCUGAGCCCUGCUGCGCCGUGGAGCAGGCGGAGGAGAUCAUCGGGAUGGAGGCCACAGGUUUCACCUCCAGUGACCAGCUGGAGGCAUUUAACUGCAUCCCCGUGGACAGCGCUGUGGCCGUGGAGUGUGACGAACAAGUUCUGGGGGAAUUUGAGGAGUUCUCCCGGAGGAUCUACGCACUGAACGAAAACGUGUCCAGCUUCCGCCGGCCACGCAGGAGCUCUGAUAAGUGA